AUGGAGGGCUUGUUGUUCAAUGUCAAUGGUGGCUACCUGGAGGGUAUCGUGCGUGGAUACCGAAACACCUUACUCACGAGCACAAACUAUAGCAAUCUCACGCAAUGUGAAUCAAUCGACGACGUCAAGAUGCAACUGGGUCCAGCUUACGGCGAGGUGCUCUCAAAUCUUCCCCCGAACCCGUCAACUUCCGCUCUAGCAAACAAGACCACAGAGAAACUCGUCGCAGACUUCAGAUAUCUUCAAGGGCAAGCGACAGGUUCGUUGGCAAAAUUUAUGGAAUACCUCACGUACUCCUACAUGAUCGAUAAUGUGGCACUUCUGAUCACGGGCACGCUACACGAGCGAGAUACGAAGGAAUUGCUGGAGAGGUGCCACCCAUUGGGCUGGUUUGAGACCAUGCCCGUUCUUUGCGUGGCUACCAACAUCGAGGAGCUGUAUAACUCCGUUCUCAUUGAAACCCCUUUGGCUCCAUACUUCAAAGGCAGCCUCAGUCAUCAAGAUCUGGAUGAGUUGAAUAUUGAAAUCGUCCGAAACACCUUGUACAAGAACUAUCUGGAGGACUUCCACCAUUUCGUCAACACAGAUCCCGAAAUGACCUUGACGCCGACAGGGGAAAUCAUGUCAGAAAUUCUCGAAUUUGAGGCAGAUCGCCGAGCCAUCAACAUUACCAUCAAUUCCUUCGGAACCGAGCUUACCAAGGAACAGCGUAAGAAGCUGUAUCCGGAAUUCGGGAAGUUGUAUCCAGAGGGGAUGUUAAUGCUCUCAAGAGCCGAUGAUUUGGAAGGUGUUGGCCUUGCCGUCAGUGGUGUUGGUGACUACAAACGGUUUUUCGAUGAAGUUGGCUUCAACCAGAGCGGCGGCGUCGGAGGUGGCAACAUGUCCGGAGGCAUGGGAGGUGACUCCAAGUCUUUGGAAGACAUGUUCUACCAGAAAGAGAUGGAGCUAUCGAAGAUGGUGUUCACUCGACAGUUCACCCAUGCAGUGAUAUACGCGUGGGUCAAGCUGCGAGAACAGGAAAUCCGAAAUAUUACGUGGAUCGCCGAGUGCAUCGCCCAGAAUCAGAAGGAGAGGAUAGGGAAUUACAUUAGUGUUUUCUAA